GAGGAAAAUUAAAUAUUGAUGAUUUACUAAUUAAAGAAAUAGAUGAAAUAUUAAAUUCUAAAGUUGAAUUAAACAAAGAAAUUGAAAUUAGAAAUAAUAUUGAAUCUAUUUAUGAUUCUGAUUUAAAUUCUGAUGAUUCAACAGAAACUCAAAGAAGAAAAAAAAGGAAAAUUAAACAAAUUGAAAUUAGCAAAGAAUCUAUUCAUAAUUGA